UUCAUACUGCGACUACCCCUGACAGACCCACCCACUCACCCAAACUCGCAGUCAGAAGAGUCAGAAUCGCAACUCCUCUCCCUCUUCCUCCACAAUCUCGCACGACGCCAACAUAACAAGGAAAAACAAAGAAAGAGAUCGAGGAAGAAGAGCAAUUCACUCUUCCGCCAUUAAAAGCCAGACAUUAGACCACUCUCUCGUUGCUUCCUUAACCCUAAUUCUUCUUCAGAAACGAGCUUAAUGGCACCGGUCACCUGCUGUUUUCUGAGAGCUCCUUGGCGGUGGUUGCUCGCGCUGUGUUUGAUAGUGUGGUCGGCCGCCGGCGUGUCCGGGAUUCUGAACCCGGAGGACUUUCUGGCCCUGCAGGCCGUGCGCAAGGGCCUCGACGACAUGCCCAGGUCUCGCUUCUUGGCCGGCUGGGACUUCACCGGCGACCCGUGUGGCUUCCCCGGCGUCCUCUGCGCCGGGGAUCGCGUUGUCAGCCUCGCCCUCGGUGACCCCCGCGCCGGCUCCCCGGGCCUCCAGGGUCGCCUUGACCCCGCCCUCGGUCGCCUCACCGCCCUCGCUGAGCUCUCGCUCGCCCCCGGCCGAGUCUCCGGCCCAAUCCCCGUCGGGCUUGCCAACUGCUCCGACCUCCGUUUCGUCGCCCUCUCCAGGAACCUUCUCUCCGGCCCCGUACCCGACGGCCUCGGUGCCCUCCCCCGCCUCCGCACCCUCGAUCUGAGCUACAACCUGCUCUCCGGUACCAUCCCGCCCGCACUUGCCUCCGUCCCCACUCUCUCCAACCUUAUCCUCUGCCACAACCGCCUCUCCGGCUCGCUUCCCUCUUUCCCCCACUCCUCUGCACUGAUCCGCCUCGACCUCAAGCGCAACCAGCUCUCCGGCCAGGUGCCCCCUUUGCCGCCCUCGCUGCAAUACCUCUCCCUCGGAUCGAACGCGCUCACUGGCUUCGUCGACGCCGUGUUACCGCUCCUCACCCGGCUCAGUUUCCUCGACCUGAGCUACAACUUCCUCUCCGGCCCCCUUCCCGGGUGCGUGUUCUCCUUCCCGCUGGCCGCGCUCCUGCUGCAGCACAACGCCUUAUCAGGACCGGUUUCUCCCCCCGGUGACGUGAGCAUCCCGGUGGUGGACCUGAGCUACAACCUGCUGACCGGGUCCCUGCCGCCGCAACUGGCGCCGGUUGGGCGGCUGUACCUCAACAACAACCGGUUCAUAGGGGAGGUGCCGCGUCUACUGGUGCGGGGCCUCGGCGACGGGAUGCAGCUGCUCUACCUCCAGCACAACUUCCUCACGGGGGUGGAGCUCGGAACGGAGGCGGCGGCGGCGACCGGAAAUGCCAUCCCUGCAGGGGCGUCGCUCUGCCUGCAGUACAAUUGCAUGGUUCCGCCGUUGGACGCGCGGUGCCCGGUCCAGGCCGGCACGCAACAGAUGCGCCCUGCCGACCAGUGCCCACAGUGGAGGGGCUAAUCGCCGCGUUUUGAGGAAGAGAUGGUGAUUCAUAUUGGAAAGGAAGAAGAAUCUCAUACAAUCAAUCAAUCAAUCUUUCUUUUAUCAAUCUGUUCUGUUGGUGUAUAAUUGAAAUUGAUUCUUAUUUUCUUGUGGAGAA